UUUUUAGAACAAAGGUAUCGAGGUCACACCCUUGGACACCCUCUGAUGGUCAAAUCAGUACCAAGGCCAUAAUAACUAUAUAUCAAUGUAUAUGUUAUGUACAUAUGUAUAUGCGGUUAGAGAGAGGAUAGUAGAUACCAUGCUAAAGAUGGAGGGAAGGAAGUUCUUUUGAGGGGAGGGUUAUGUGGGCCCGGAUCCCAAAUGGGCCUAAGCUCAGGCUUUAAGCCCGAUCCAGACAGGUUGCGCGCGUUAUAAUGGCCGGGAACUGGGAUGAAAGUCAUGAAAUCGGUAGCCAAUCAGAUGACAGCUUUCAAUAUGAAAAACUACACAUAGAGCCUAUUUACGAUGCGUUCAUAUGCCCUCUUUCAAAACAAGUAAUGACAGACCCUGUAACGAUCGAAAACGGGCAAACAUUUGAACGUGCAGCCAUUCAAAACUGGUUCAACGAAUGUAAAGAAAGCAACAGGAAACUGGUUUGCCCUAUGACAUUAAAAGAACUAAAAACAACUGAUAUGAAUCCAAGUAUUGCUUUGAGGAACACAAUUGAAGAAUGGAGUGCUAGAAAUGAAGCUGUUCAGUUUGACAUGGCCCGGGUAUCGUUGAAUCUUAGUUGUCCUGAGACGGAUAUCUUGCGUGCUCUAAGAUUCGUUCAACGUAUUUGCCAACAAAGUGUUUCAAAUAAGCAUAUUAUUAGGAAUUCUGAGCUGAUUCCGAUGAUUGUUGAUAUGUUGAAGAGCAGUAGUCGUAGAGUCAGGUGUAGAACUUUGAAGACUCUUCGAGUUGUGGUGGAAGAUGAUGACGAUAAUAAGGAAAUAAUGGCUGAAGGGGAUAACGUGCGCACAGUAGUCAAAUUCUUGUCUCAUGAAAAGUCAAAAGAGAGAGAAGAUGCUGUCUCCUUGCUCUUUGAGCUCUCAAAGUUGGAAUCUUUAUGUGAUAAAAUCGGAUCUGUUAAUGGUGCAAUUCUCAUGUUAGUUGGAAUGACAAGUAGUAAAUCUGAAAAUCUGUUGACAGUUGAGAUGGCAGAUAAAACUUUGGAAAAUUUGGAGAAGAAUGAGAAUAAUGUGAGGCAAAUGGCUGAAAAUGGCAGAUUGCAGCCUCUUUUGACACUUAUACUUGAAGGUUCUCCAGAAACCAAACUAUCCAUGGCUUCAUACCUCGGCGAGCUGGCUCUAAGCAACGAUGUAAAAGUCUUGGUGGCUCGAACCGUUGGUUCAUCAUUAAUCAACCUCAUGAAAAGUGGUAACAUGGAGUCUCGAGAAGCGGCUCUAAAAGCCCUGAACCAAGUCUCAUCAUGUGACCCAAGUGCCAAAAUAUUGGUUGAUGAAGGUAUACUUUCACCGCUAGUCCAACACCUUUUUUCGGGCCAGAACCAGCUCCCAAUGCGACUCAAAGAAAUCUCCGCUACGAUACUCGCAAACAUUGUAACCUCGGAUUGCGAAUUUGACUCGAUCCCCGUGGGCCCCAACAACCAGACCUUUGUGUCGGAAUACAUAAUACAUAACCUACUCCAUUUGAUCAGUAACACCGGGCCCGCAAUCGAAGGCAAACUGUUACAAGUCCUUGUUGGGCUCACCAGCUCUCCGGCUACAUUGACCGGUGUCGUGUCUGCUAUCAAAAGCUCAGGUGCUAUUAACGGGCUAGUGCAGUUCGUUGAAGCCCCACAGCAAGAUCUCCGUUUGGCUUCGAUUAAACUUCUACAAAAUCUUUCACCAAACAUGGGUCAAGAACUGGCCAGUUCGUUACGUGGGACUGCGGGCCAGCUCAGCGGGUUAAUAAAAGUAAUUGCGGAAAACAUUGCAAGUACAGAAGAACAAGCGGCAGCAGUUGGGAUCCUAGCAGAUCUCCCCGAAGAAGAUAUAGGCCUAACACGUCAACUGCUCGAUGAAGGUGCGUUCGAAAUGAUGAUUUCGAGAAUCAGAAUGAUUCGACAAGGAGAACCAAGAAGAAGCCGGUUUGUAACACCGUAUUUAGAAGGGCUUGUCGGGGUACUUUCAAGGAUUACAUUUGUGUUACCCAACGAGCCGAAAGCCGUCUCUUUGUGUCGGGAUCAUGAUCUUACGGGGUUAUUCACCGAACUCCUUCAACAAAGCGGGCUCGAUAAAGUGCAGAUGGUCUCGGCUUAUGCUUUGGAGAAUCUAUCUCAAGAAUCCAAAAACCUGACCAAACUUCCGGAGAUCCCUGAACCGGGGUUCUGUGGGUCGAUCUUUCCUUGUUUUAGUACACAACCGGUGAUGACGGGUUUAUGUCGGGUUCAUCGUGGCUCGUGUUCACAAAGGGAUACUUUUUGUUUGUUAGAAGGACCGGCAUUACCGAGACUGGUGGCUCUUUUAGAUCAUGCAGAUGUGAAGGUGGUUGAAGCGUCUUUAGCUGCAUUGUCAACUUUAUUAGACGACGGUGUGAAUAUAGAAGGAGGGGUGGCGGUUUUAUGCGAGGUGGAAGGGAUUAAACCGGUUCUUGAUGUUUUACUCGAGAAACAAACUGAGAAUUUAGGAAGGCGAGCGGUUUGGGUGGUGGAAAGACUUUUAAGGACGGAUGAUAUUGCCUAUGAGGUGUCGGGUGAUCCUAACGUUAGCACUGCACUCGUGGAUGCAUUCCACAAUGGUGACUAUAGUACACGUCAGAUUGCGGAACGUGCCCUGAGACACAUUGAUAAGAUUCCUAACUUCUCAGAAAUCUUUCCCAACGCGUAAUCACACGGUCCUUGGGGGGUUUAUUGUACAAUAAGAGGUUUUUGUAUCAUAUUGUUUUCGUUACACUAUGUGUGAUGAAAAUUUUACUCAAACAUCAGCUCGUAAAUGACGAUGAUUCAAGAGCAAUUAAGAAUGAUGAUAGGAAGAAAAUGAUAAUGAUUUAAGAGCCGUUUUGGUAGUUUAUUUUGCAUUUAUAGUGUAUAUAGAUGUGUAUUAUGUAUAAUAGAUUUUGUAAGCAUUUAAAUGAACUGUGUAAGUUAUAGUAAUGUAAAGUUAAUGAAUUGGUA